UUGCCAAACUAUUUAUUGCCGUUUUUGUUUUUUGUACACACGGAUAUAGGAAUGGAGGCUCCGAUAUUGCCCCCAUUUUAAUUUGCUUCAAAAACCGUUAAUUAGUUUGUUUCAAAGUGAUUCCUACCUCUAAAUCGAUCAGGAAAAAGAGUAUCGAACUUUCAACUCCAAAACGAGAAAACUAGUUGAAUUGGCAUCAUGGACUUUGCUAUAGGCUAUCGUAACAAUCACAGGCAUCCGCAUCAUGGUAAUCCUAAUCAUCACCAACACGGUAAUCCUAGGCAUCAUCAGCAACGUGGUAAUCCCAGGCAUGAACAUAAUAAUCCUAGGCAUCAGAACCAGCUACAAAGCGCUCCUAGGCUUCAGCCACAGGCUCCGAUAUGUUAUUUCUAUCAAAGAGGAAUCUGCAGAUUUGGUGAGCGAUGCAGAAAUUUGCACAGUCAACCCGCUGUCGUCAAUAAUAUGAAAGAUCCAGAAGUUGAAACUGCUGCUGUCAGUAAUGCUUCUUCUAGCCAAGACGUGUCGAAUACAAAUUCACCCAUGUUGUCUAGUUCAAAAUCUGGCCCAAGCACCAGUAGUAAUCCUUCGGUAACAUAUUCUGAAACCGCUACUAAAUCAUGUGGUAUAUGCUAUGACACAAUUGUAGAAAAAACAGAGCGAAAAGACCAAAUGUUUGGAAUACUUCCCAAUUGUAACCACUGCUACUGUUUCAAAUGUAUAAUUAAAUGGAGACAAAGCAAGGAAUUCGAUUCGGAUGUGUCAAGAGCUUGUCCAGAAUGUAGAAAACCAUCUGACUAUGUGUAUCCCAGUAGAAUUUGGUUCCAUAUCCAAGAAACUAAAGACAAUUUCAUAACCAAGCAAAAAAAUCGAAUGCAAGGAAUCGAUUGUAGAUAUUUUAGAAAAGGCCACAGCAGCUGCCCAUUUGGAAAUAAAUGUUUGUAUUUGCACGCCCUACCCGAUGGUACCAAAUUGGAUGUGGGCCCACCAAAGGCACGCAGAAAUAGAGGAGGGCAUGACAAUAAUGACAUGUUGUAUCAAAUUCUCUAUUGGUUAAACGAUGAAGAUCUAGAUUUUGAAGAUGAGGAUGAUGAUGAUGAUGAUAUGGUCGAUGAGCUGGACUUAGAUGAUCCUGAAAUAGCGAUGCAAAUGUUCGAUCAUGAUGAUAUUCGUAGAUAUAUAGCCAUGGAAAGACUUAUGAACGGUUCAGAUACUGAAAGUGAUGAUAUGGAUUUUAUGUUUCUUGAUUAGGUAUUUAGUUUUUUUAAUUAUUAUUAUUAUUUAUAAAAUUGAAGGAUACAGUAUUUUCAUAUAGUUUUUUGGUUGGGUAUUUAUGCAGGGUACAUUAUUACAUUUUAGUUAAAAUAACUGUUUUCGUAUUAUGUCUAAAUAUCAAACUUAGCUGUAAUAACCAAUAUGUCUGAUUCAUUUUGUUACUUUGCCUUAACCCUGUGUAUUACCAUAUAAUUCUCCAAUGUGUUUUUUGUAUCUAUAUGCAUACUUAAUCUUUAAUUAAUAAAGUUAAUUUUCAUGUUUAA